CGGUGCCGGCGGUGCGGCGGCGGCGAUGUGCUCGGCGGGGAGGCGCUGGGGCCGGCGGCAGCGAGUCCUGCUCUGGGGCGUCCUGCUGGCGGCCUGGGAGGCGGCGUGGGGGCAGCUGCACUACUCGGUGCCCGAGGAGAUGCCCAAGGGCUCGUUCGUGGGCGACGUGGCCAAUGACCUGGGGCUGCAGCUGCCGGCGCUCCCAGAUCACGGCGUCCGCGUUGUCUCUGAAGGCAGGACGCAGUAUUUCUCUCUGCACGAAAAGACAGGACAUUUAGUGACGGCCGAGAGGAUUGACAGAGAGCAGCUGUGCCGGCUGGUGGAGAAAUGCGUGCUGCGCUGUGAGCUGAUAGUGGAGGGGGAAAUGAAGGUUUACGAAGUUGAUGUGGAAAUAAUGGAUAUUAACGACAACUCUCCCACCUUCAAGGACAUGGAACUGGAAGAGAAAAUAAGCGAGAUGACAGCCCCGGGCUCGCGUUUUUCACUUCCCAGGGCUAACGAUCCGGACUCGGGACAGAAUUCCUUGCAGAGCUAUGAGCUGAGCGGCGACGAGCACUUCUCGCUGGCCGUGCAGACGGGCCCCGGCGGGGAUCAGCGUCCCGAGCUGGUGCUGGCGAAGGCGCUGGACCGGGAGGAGGCGGCGUUCCACGAGCUGGUGCUGAGGGCGAUCGACGGCGGCGAUCCGACCCGGACGGGCACAGCGCGGAUCCGCGUGACGGUGCGGGAUGCGAACGACAACGCGCCCGUGUUCAGCCAGACGGAGUAUACGGUGCGUGUGCCCGAGGACGUGCCCGUGGGCUCUGUCCUCGUCACCGUCACGGCCACCGACGCCGACGAGGGUCUGAAUGGGCACGUGAAAUAUUCACUGAAGAAAGCGAUGGACAUGGCAUCGGAUAUUUUCCACCUCGACCACGAAACUGGAGCCAUCACACUAUUGCGAAGCCUGGAUUUCGAGGAAGGCAACUUCUAUGAACUGGAGGUGCAGGCUCGCGAUGAUGGCGACCUUUUCGACACGGCCAAAGUCGCGAUCACUGUCGCAGAUAUAAAUGACAAUGUGCCCGAGAUUUCGGUGCGGUCUGCGCUAAGUGAGAUUUCAGAGGACGCUCCAUCAGGAACGGUAGUGGCCCUGCUGCACGUGCACGACAGAGACUCAGGGGCCAACGGCGAGGUGCGCUGCUCUCUCGACGGGAAUGUCCCGUUCCUGCUGGAGAGCUCGCAGGGCAGCUACUACCGCGUGGUGACAGCGAGAGAGCUGGACCGGGAGCAGCAGUCGGAGUACAACGUGACGGUGCGGGCGUCCGACGGCGGGUGGCCGGCGCUGCAGAGCAGCAGGGUGCUGGCGCUGCGGGUGCUGGACGUGAACGACAACGCGCCGGUGUUCUCGCAGGAGCGCUACAGCGCGC